AUGCCGACUCCUGCCAACCCGCAGCGCCCCUCCAACCGUGGGGGAGGCACCAGAACAUCCCCGACCAAGAAACCGCUCGACAUUGGAGUACCCCUAGGCAUUUACGAUACAAAUUCAGUGCGGGCAAAGGUUCGCAAGUGGCAGCAGCAGGGGGGCGGGGUAAUCACAGCCAAUGAUGGGGUUUGCUACGACGACGACGAGGAGAAUUCAACAGCCGAUACCAACUCCAAAGUGGUCGAAGAUAAGGGAUCCGGUAGUUCCAAUGGCUCUGGAACGAGGAAACGCAGCAAAAGCACGCCUCGCAAACGAGUCAUUAGUGAUGAGCAUUGGAAGCUGAACCGAACCCCUACCCAAACGCCUUCUUCCAGGCUCCCUCCGCCGAAACGCAUUGCCGAGUAUACCACAAAUGACCGUCUACGUUCUCCGCAGGGUGACGAGGCGGAAGGUGCGCGGGAGGACACAAUAUUGCCCUCUCCGUCCCGCAACAAGGAAAGGGGCAGGGCUGCUAUAGCAUCCGACCUCGCGACAAGAGAACGGAGAAAAUCGAGGGCAUCUCGAGAUGUCGAUAUAAUACCUGAGGACAAGGCCGAGGAGGAAAGUGCGUCUCACAAUGGAUCUUCCAAGUCCAUUUCGCGACCUGCAACCGCCGACAAAACCCAUGUACGUGCACGGUCGGAGCUUUCGCAGAGUGCAAAGACAAGGGACGGAGGACUGUACGAGGACUCCGAGUGGGCGACAAGCGAGGCCGACUUCUCCGAACUCUCCAGGCGACGUGCGCGAGGUCCAAAUCCAGUACCCCGGGGUGCUGCAUCUAGAGGCCGGGGAACGGUGAAGCCCCCCAAAGGCGGCAUAUUCUCCCAUAUGCUCGAUGAAUCAAAAAAGAUGUUCGCUAAACCGGAACCUCCGAAACCCAACCGAGGCGCUAAAAUAGAGGCAUGGCUUUCUGAAACGCCUGACCCGUUCGUCGAGGACAUGGAGCCCGAUGUCGAGAUACCCGCGCCAUUAAACACUAGAACCGGCAAGAAGAAGGAACCCGUGAAGCAAGAGGAUGUGCCGAAGGACAAGUGCGAUACUGAGCCUCCCCUUGCGAGCGACACAUCGAAGAAGGAUGAUCCGCCAGCGCAGAGGAAAGAAGGCCCGACUGCAAGCGAACAAUCAAACACAGCAGAACAGAAAGCAGAGCCCAAGAAGGACAGCGCUAUUUCGGACAAACGCAGGGCACCUACAGAGCGUGAGGAGAAACCGCGGUCAUCAGGCGCUGAUAAGCUACCCGUUGGCAAACGACCCCGUGCCAACAACGAUAAUGCAUCAGAGACCGAGUCCCAACAGCUGUCAGAGGGCUCCGAAGUGUCUGCGAAUAAUGCACCGGUGCCCCUUGGUCGUCGAAAGCCAUUUCCCACGACAGGGGCCCAUCCCCUCUCGACAAUCGCGUCUGUUGAAUCCAUGAGCACAACGAAGAAUGCUACAGGAUCAGGACAAGAUGCCGCAUCGGAAAAACGGGAGGCAGAGUCCACCCAGGCAAAGCUCGAUGAGGAGGAGGAAAGGGACCAAUUUGACCCCAACUCACUUCCUGCAAUCUCUUCCCAGUUAAAGAGGCGCCUCACUACUCAUGAUGAUUUGAUAUCAGUCCUGUCUGCUCCGAGUGGUCGGAGUAGAAGCCUUCGGUCUGCCAGGAGUCUGAAAACGAAGAGUCGCAUCACUACAGAAAACAUUCCUGACCUCCUAAAGGAGCUGGCUGCUGACGAGGUAAAAUACAUGCGUGAACUCAAGACCCUGGUCGGUGGUGUUAUUCCAGUCCUCUUGACAUGUGUGCUAUCAAAAUCUGAUUCUGCCAUUGCGGCUGGACUCUUUCGACCUUCUGCCGAUCCAAAGGAUGAGGUGAAUUUCAGCAAGCCCAUAGUGGACAUGGGAGUUGCUAUUGAGCGACUGAAGACGCUGCACAAGCGCAUCCCGCAGGAUGAUGUGGAAGCUCUACUUAACUGGGCGAAUGGGGCACAGAGAGUGUAUCGCGAAUACCUCAAGGCUUGGAGACUGGGAUUUAAAGACGUCAUCGUCAAUCUCGCGCCUCUUGAAGAAGGCGAGGCAGGCGACAAUACCGACACAAAGAGUUUGGACGAGGGCAUGGCAAGGGAUGAGAACGGUGAUGUGGUGGAUAGUGACGGUGAGAAGGUUGACGUGGCUUACCUUCUGAAGCGACCUCUCGUACGCCUGAAGUACCUCGCAAAGACCUUCAAAGGAAUCAAGACCAUUCAGCCAUCUCCCAAGGCCGAGGACGUUGCUGCGGUAUAUCAGAGCCUUGUGACAGACGCCCGCCGCCGGGCGCGCGAAGAGAGAGCAAGGCUUGAGGAUGAAUCUGCUGCCAACGUUGACGCUACGCGUGCCAGAGAUCCUGCGACCUUGGGUGCACUUCCUGGAGUUACUGUUGACAGAAGCCGGAGAGUCCGGGCCCGCGAUUUCUUCAAUCUUUCCUUGUACCACACAAGUGGCCAGAUCAUUGACUGCCGCGCUGAGCUCCUCUUGAGAGACGGGGCCGGUGGGAAUAAAGCAGGCGGAGAUCUACUAAUCUGCGAAAUUGAUCAUACAGAUCGUUGGUUGCUAUUCCCUCCUAUCGAGGUUGGCCGUGUCUCUGCUCGCAACGGCGACGUGAAGGGCGAGAUCGUGGUCAUGCUACGCAGUGGCCCGAACCAUACCAAAUCCUGGCAAGAACUGCUGGUGCUUCAAAUUGAUGAAGAGGAUAUUGGAUUUGAAUGGGUUCAGAUGCUGGGCUCGAAUCCUCUCCCACCGGCUAUCUGUAGAACCCAGAGCUUUAUUGACAGGACCAAGCGCCAACGAGCAAAAACUAUAUCCUCAGCCAACGAAGCCUCUCAGGCACAAAAAGCCCCACCAAGUCCUUCAAAUGUCAACGUUCCUAUCGGAGAGAAGCCUACUUCUCGUACCUUGCGUCGAUCCUUGACCCCUAAGGAUCAUCUUUCGGAUCCAAGUACCGUGAGCUCCUGGUUCAGUGAGGCCCGUACUUCACUGCAAAGUGCAGUAACUCCAGAGUCGGACUAUGCUAUUGGUGACGAGUUAUCGAUCAAGUCCCCGCCUCCGCAAUCUAUCUUGCAUGCCAGGGAACCCCGAAAAAGCUUCCCGGCCGAUGACAGACCUUCCCCGGGCCUCAAACGGUCAAAGGCCAAGAGGGUCAACAGAAAUGGAGAGAUCAUUCCUUCUAGCCCUACCACACCAACAGACCCAAGCUUGGAUCGAGGAACCCAUUCAGUUCACGAGGAAGCCAAACGCUCAGAAGAGAAGAAACCCAAGCAGCAGCAACAGCAAAACCCGAAAACUCCAACGAAGAGUACCCCUGAAAAGAGUUCUCCCCGAGUGUCUUCUGUGCCGUCAGUGGAUCUUCCUCUAAUUCCAAAACUCAGAAAGGGCAGCAGUCAGACAUACAUCUCGGACUCUUUGGCCUCCACGGAGGACGACGAUUUCCCUCCCGUGGAAUAUGAUGACAUCCCCGAAACUCCUAGCAAGGACAAGACUCAUUCUCGCCAGCACUCGGGUUCGGACCAGGUUGACGAAGAUGAGUCCCCACCACCUCCGCCGACUCAUUCUCGGUCACCGAGUUCCAUAGGCUCCAGCCUGCCAAAUACCCCUGUGCUUAGCCCUAGUGGUGUGCGGACUAGACGCCGUGGCUCCUCGCCCCUAAAGCAUGAAUAUGAACCGUCUACUGCUUCGGAUUCGUACUCGGAUUCUGAUACAUCGACUGUGCGUCGGUAUGAAGUGCAUUCGGGCUCCGAGUAUUCGGACACGGACAGCUCGGAUGAAUCAGGGGAUGAGCACGCAUCAUUGCCACCGUUUGAAGCUCCUACCAAGCCAAAGGCCCAGGCUCCAGAAGCUACGUCUGCUAGUAGCUCUCUGUCACUGUCCAAUUCGGCCUCUCAGGGCGGAUAUAGAUCCGUUCCUUCGCAACCGAGCAAGUCGUCCACAGUGAUUGCAUCGGUCUUCGCCUGGUCAGAGAAGGGCUCAUGGGAUAGCAUCUUCCCCGAUGAUUGCAAGGUCAUAGUCAGUCCUGGGCUCAUCGAAGCAUAUGACGUGGGUAAUGCGCCAGCCGGGAUGGAGGAAGAUGACAGCGACACGAAGAAAGCACGCCCACUGAUUGCCCUUGAGCUCACACCCCUUGUGCCUAUCCGUCGCGGAACAGCCAUUGACAUAAGUAUUCGCUCCCCUCCGACCAAACGGUCCAAGAUCAACUGGAGUAACAACAUCAUGUUUCGAUCUCGAAACGCCGACGAGUGCGAAUUCCUAUACGGUCUCAUCAACCAAGCGCGCAUCAACAACCCAACCUACAUAGCCCUACAGAAUGCCCGAGGACCUUACGCAGAGCAGCCAGCGCCCGUGGAAUCAACAACGAAGAAUGGUGGGUUGUUCGGCUGGCCACGACGCAGGCGGAGCUACCGUGCAUCUGUUUCCCCACGGUCGGUUGCCGACAACUCUGAGAGUAGCGUAGGAACUAUGAGCAGUGCAUUCUCAGCACUGAAGCGAUUCGGAGGGGGAAGCAAGAUGUUUAACAUCUCUCGUUCUUCGCUCACCUCUCGCGAUGGGCAAAAUGAAGACAGCUUGUACUCAAGCUCCAUCGGUUCCGGAUCGAAUGCCUCUCCUUCUUCCGGCAUUGGUCGUAUCGCAGCCGCCAUCAAAGGCAGUGAUGGUAUCGGUCUGUCCAACGCUAAGAUUCGACUUUACUUGCGUGAAACUCAAUCCAAGUGGCGCGAUAUGGGUGCUGCAAGACUGACUAUUAUGCCUGCGCCCGCAGCACCUCGUGCUUCUGAUACGGCCAGCGGGCGCGGUGAUGCCAACAGCAUUGCAGAAGGAGCCGAAGAUACUUCCCCAGCAUCUGGAUCCGCUUCUCCCCGACGCGGAGCGGAGCCCGAGAAACGUAUCCUCGUCCGAGGCAAGACACGCGGGGAGGUCCUCCUUGACGUCUGCCUAGGCGAAAGCUCUUUCGAGCGAGUUGCUCGAACCGGUAUCGCCGUGUCCGUAUGGGAAGAAAACGAAGGCGGAGCCAUGCCCAAGAAGGGCGGUGUUACCGUCGGUAGCUCCAAGAUCUAUAUGAUCCAGAUGAAGAGUGAAGCUGAAGCAGCAUACACCUUCGGACUUGUCGGAAAGUCCAAAUACUAA